ACUCAAAAAAAAAAAAAAAGACAGCUAUAAAAGCAUGCGUUGUAACCUUUUCUUUUUUGUUUUGCUUUUUUUCCAAUAAGAUGCCCUAUUUUUAUUAAAAUAAUUAUUUUUUGUUUCAUGAAACUUUAAUUUGUGUCAAUAAGUUUAGCGGCGGAAAAAAAAAAGCACGCAUAAGAAAAUUAUGUUGCCUCGUUAAAUUUGUAAAUGUGUACAUCUUAAUUCUCUGCAGAAGCUUGUUUUUCCCCUUUUGUUCUUCCCCUUUGUUCUUCCCUUUUGUUCGUCGCUGUUCGACGUGGUUACCUUCCAAAUUGGACAAAAUUCCUUUCCCUCAGAUUAAGCGGCAGUUUGAGGCCAUUUCACUCAUCCACCUUUUUGGCAGCAUUGUGUAUAUCCCCACCAGCAAUUUCGACUAUAUUUGCCACGCAUUGCCUCCCCAAAAAACACACUCCCCAUUUUUAACACAUUACCCGUGUGACAAUUUCUCACCGAACAAAAAUGACGAAUGUUGUAGAAUGCACCUUCAAAACCCCGCCCGAAACUGCAAAAGCCCCAGACAAUGCCAUCAUUUGGAACUCAUUUCAAUACUGUGACGAGAAAGGAUGGUAUUCACUAACGAACCAUGAUGAGAUAAUGCUCAGACCUACUGCCUUCAGUGACGGAAGAAUUAAAUUUCUCCCUCAACUAGAAAAAAUCCCAGAGGAAUUUGAAUCCGUUUUGUGUGGAAAGUAUGAUGCUAAAGCUUGGGGAAAGGACGAUUGUAACAUUGUUAUUGAGGGUGAUAAGGACGUACAUAUAAGCCUUCCAGGGCUGCAAGAAAAAAUUAAUUACAACCACAGAGAGAGAUUCCCUACCUUCUUAAAAAACUGGAAAAUUAUUGUGGGAAUGCUAAAUGAGCACAUAACCGUAAUACGGAUAAACACAGAAACUGCAAUAAUUGUAAGUAUAAAUGAAAAGAGCAAUGUAACUGUAAAGUGUGUAAAUUUCAAUAACGGAUUUUUAUGUGUUAAUCCGCACACAAACUUGGCAAUUGCAUAUGGCGACUUCGCCUUGAGUGAACUUAAAAAAUGUGAACUCGUUCCAAACAUCACACACGAAGGGGCAGAAUGGGGAUUUUUUGUACACCUAUUUAAAUGGGGACAUAUCAUAAUACCAAAAGAUAUAGAAAUUAAAUUACCAUCCCCAGGAUUAAAGCUAAUUGGGAAAAAAAUAGACACUGUGGCGAUCAUUUCCCUUCCGCCAAACAUAUAUAUACACGUAAAAAUUGAUGGACCAAAAUGUAUAAGAAAAUUAGAGUACGGACAGGACUACAGCAUAACGGCCAUUAAGAGUAGCGAAUCUGACAUUGACAUUUAUCUGCUCUUCGAUGGACAAUUAAUAAAAUAUGAAUUUUCCUUUGAUACGAGGCUAAACAAGGUGGGGAAAGGAAGAUCCAUUAAUUAUGCCAAAUUGAAGUGCACAAAUAAGAGCAAGGAAGUGACUUCUUUCGUUUUCCAAGCGACGGCAAAUUCUAAAUUGUUGUUAGAUUCCAACUGUCCUACGGAUAAUAUGGGCCACCUUCUCUGCAACCAAACCAUUUCCGUCUUCGACGCGGAAACUGGCGAGUACCUGAGCCACCCCCAGGGCCUGCAGCUAACCGAGGUGUUCAACACUUUGUCGUACCCGCCCGAGAAGGAGUAA